AUGAAACGGGCUACUAAUGACCUAAAGGUUCUGCUGUCCCUCUGGGGCGUGGCGAGCAACGUGGUUCAGAUUGAGGAAGCAUACGGCGACAAGAAGGCCCUCUUCAUAGUCAUGGAGCUCUGUGCCGCGGGCGACCUCGCGUCGCAUAUAAAGCGCAAGGGGCCAAUGUCGGAAGACGCAGCACGGGAAGUGUUCCUCUCCGCCGUCCUGGCCGUGAAGCAGUGCCACGAACACGGCGUGAUUCACGGCAACGUCGCCCCCGACCACGUGUUGCUCAGGCAAUCCCCCUCCGCUGUGCUUCACCGCGCUAGCUGCUCCGUGCCAUUGUCUCACACGUCGCCCUUCAUCGCUCCCCCAGGUGUGCCUAUUGGGCCGCUGCUGAGCCGACGCCUGGCGAAGGCGUCGACGCUGGCGAGUACGCCUAGUCCGGGGAUGCCGUGCCUCGCUUCCGCCAGUGACAGCGGUGCCAGCUUGCGUGCCGUGGCUGCUGCACUAUUGGGCCACGGCGUGCCACGGCAUCAUGACAUCUGGGGCCUGGGGCUGGUGCUGCGAGCCAUGCUAUCGGGCCACGUGUCCAGAUGGCCGCAGCAGGAGUUGAGGCGCAGCGGGUUGGGGCUGGACGGGGUGUCAGAGCAGGCGAGGGAGUUGAUCCAACGGUUGAUGGACGACGACGUGACAAAACGGCCAACGGUGGAUGACAUCUUAAAAGAUCCGUGGGUGGUUGGGGAGGAGCAGAGUGAGGAAGAGGAAGGAGAGAGGGGAGUGGCAGAACCCAAGUGCAAUGUGAUCAUAAGGCUUCCCAACGACUAA